AUGGGGUCGACUAACGGCAAGACCACCAAGGUGCCACUGGUGCCACUGGCCAAGGAUACCGUUUUGCUUCCAGGCGUCACUCUUCGAAUUUCCCUUACGAACCGUCCGGAUAUCGCCAACCUCCUCUCGUCCUUGCUGACCCGUGGAAAACGAGACAACCUCCUGAUCGGAUGCGUGCCGCUUGCUUCACCUCGGCUCAGUAAGAGCGGGCAGCAACUGAUCGAGAACAGCUCCGAUGCACAGAACGAAGACUUUGAGAAUAUCGAUGCAGGUCAGGCCCGAAAGGGAGACUUAUUUCAACAUGGCACUGUUGCCAGGAUUGUCGGCGUCCAGCGCAGAGUGUAUUCGGACCCUUAUCUACUCGUGGAGGGCGUGAGACGGUUUUCUGUUGUGAAGGUCCUGAAAGAGCGACCGUUCUUUGAAGCGGAAGUAACCUUACAUGAAGAUGUUGCUCCAACCGCCAACGACACCGCAGUCGCCGAGCUUUUCCAACACCUCAAACAACUCUCGCGAGAGCUCAUGGCCCUGUUAAGGCUAGCAUCUCUUAUUCCAUCUGCUUCCCCCAAUCUUUCCCCGACAGUUGCCCGUCGUUUCGAGGCCUUUAUAUCUCGUAAAGAGCUCGCCCAAGCAGGAAGCCUGGCCGACUUCAUGACUAAUGUUGUGGAUUCAAACCUCGAAGAAAAGCUACGAAUUCUCGCAUCUUUCGAUACCAAAGAGAGACUAGAGCGGGUUCUUGAGCUUCUCAAUAGACAGGUGCAGGGCAUCAAGAAUAACGUGAAAAUAACAUCCAUCUCGACAAGCGGGUUUACACCUAAUUCCGCCUUCGAUGUUUCGCAAUUGGACCCUCGAUUGGCGCGGCGAACUAUGAAUGGAUUCCCAUCGAAUAAUGUGGGAGGUGGGAACGAGGAUGAUAAGGAGGUUUCCGAGGUCGAUGAACUCCAACAAAGACUCGAUGACGCACAACUAAGCCCCGAAGCCCGUAAAGUCGCUGAUCGAGAGCUGAAGCGGCUUCGCAAGAUGAACCCUGUGAAUGCGGAAUAUGGUGUCUGCCGUACCUAUCUGGAGAAUUUGGCAGACAUUCCAUGGACCAAAGUGACAGAGGAUCAGCUUGGAAGUGAUACUUUGCAGCGUGCCAGGAAACAACUAGACGAUGAUCAUUAUGGCUUGGAAAAGAUCAAAAAGCGCCUGCUGGAGUAUCUGGCAGUCUUGAAAUUGAAGCAGUCGGUGAAUGUCGACGUUGACCGUGAGAUCUCCGAGUUAUCGGGUAAGCUCGGCACACCGGAGAAAGAUGCCAGCGAGAGCACUCCUAUGGCCCAUGACGAAAAGGAAGGUCUGGAGACGAGGCUUCAAGUUUUGAAGUCUAAGCGUAUGAUUGACAAGUCACCGAUCCUGCUGUUAGUCGGCCCCCCAGGGACUGGCAAAACAAGUUUAGCCAAGUCUGUGGCCACCUCCCUGGGCCGCAAAUUCCACCGCAUCUCUCUGGGUGGUGUACGAGAUGAAGCCGAGAUCCGGGGUCAUCGCCGGACUUACGUUGCUGCAAUGCCUGGCCUUAUUGUCAACGGCCUAAAGAAAGUCGGCGUCGCUAAUCCCGUAUUCCUCCUCGACGAGAUUGACAAAGUCGGAGGAUCUAAUUUCCACGGAGACCCUUCAGCGGCAAUGCUCGAAGUGUUGGAUCCUGAGCAGAAUCACAGCUUUUCAGACCACUAUAUAAAUCUUCCAAUCGACUUGAGCAAGGUCUUGUUCAUUGCCACUGCCAACUCGCUGGACACUAUCCCGGCACCUUUGUUGGACCGAAUGGAGACCAUUUCACUUGCUGGCUACACCACUGUAGAGAAGCGACAUAUUGCUAGACAGCAUCUCGUCCCUAAGCAAAUUCGCUCCAACGGCUUGUCUGACGGCAACGUUGAGCUCUCAAACGAUGUUCUUGAGAAGAUCAUUACUUCCUAUACCCGUGAGUCCGGUGUUCGCAAUCUGGAGCGUGAGAUUGGGUCUGUCUGUCGAUACAAGGCGGUGCAGUAUGCCGAUGCCAAAGAGACAACUAAUAUGGGGUCAUACAAUCCGAUUGUGUCGAAUGAUGACCUUGAGGACAUUCUCGGUAUAGAACGCUUUGAUGAAGAAAUAGCUGAAACGACCUCUCGACCAGGUAUUGUGACUGGUCUUGUGGCGUACUCUACUGGAGGUCAGGGAAGUAUCCUUUUCAUUGAGGUAGCAGACAUGCCAGGUAAUGGUCGUGUGCAGCUUACCGGAAAGCUCGGUGACGUUCUCAAGGAAUCCGUCGAAGUAGCAUUGACAUGGGUUAAGGCUCACUCUUUUGACCUGGGUCUAUCCCAUGACCCUAACGAGGAUAUCAUGAAGAACCGCAGCUUGCAUGUUCACUGCCCUUCUGGCGCUGUUCCCAAGGAUGGACCCUCUGCCGGUCUCGCUCAUACACUGGCCUUGAUUUCUUUAUUUUCUGGAAAGGCUGUACCGCCCCAGAUCGCAAUGACCGGCGAAAUUUCUCUCCGUGGCAGAGUCAUGCCAGUAGGCGGCAUUAAGGAGAAACUCAUCGGCGCUUUACGCGCCGGAGUAAAGGUGGUCUUGCUGCCGGAUACCAAUCGCAAGGACGUCAAGGACGUUCCGCAAGAGGUCAAGGAUGGCCUUGAAAUAGUUUAUGUCAAGCAUAUUUGGGAAGCUCUCCGAGUUGUCUGGCCUCAAGCACAUUUCCCGGGACAGCACCAAUCGAACAUGUUCGAAAGCAGACUAUAA